GCGGGUCUGUGUGCUGGGGGUGGCUCACCUGGCAGCGUGGGUGAGCGGCGCGGCGGCGGCAGCGGCGAGCGAGAGCGGGGAGCAGGUGCAACUUGAAGAAUGGAUGAUGAUGAUUUUGGUGGUUUUGAGGCUGCAGAGACUUUUGAUGGUGGAAAUGGUGAAACUCAAACAACAUCGCCUGCUAUUCCAUGGGCUGCCUUUCCUACAGGGAAAAAAUGCAAUUUCCAUUGUGAGCUGCCUUCCAGAAUUUGUGGCAGAACUUCGCUGACGUUGCUACUGAUGCCAAUGUGGAAUAAAGUAUCUGGAGUCCAUCUUUCACCAGCUUCUCCUGAGAUUGUACUGGACCAUGACCACUCCUCUCCUUCAGUCGGCUGUCUCUCUUCUGAUGCCAUCAUUUCAUCUCCAGAGGAUACACAUACGGACAACAACAUUAUUCAGCAAUCAAGACACACUCAUCUGGAUAUCUCACUUUUUCCAUUGGGUUUAACCGAUGAAAAAAGUAAUGGAACAAUUGCCCUUGUGGAUGAUUCUGAAGAUCCUGGAGGCAAUGUAUCAAACAUGCAGCUUCAGCAAAAAAUUUCAAGUCUGGAGAUUAAACUCAAAGUAUCUGAAGAAGAAAAACAGAGAAUUAUGAAGGAUGUGGAAUCAUUGAUGGAAAAACAUAGUGUCUUAGAAAAAGACUUUCUAAAAGAAAAAGAGCAAGAGGCCAUUUCUUUUCAAGAUAGAUACAAAGAACUUCAGGAAAAACAUAAACAAGAAUUGGAAGACAUGAGGAAAGCUGGUCAUGAAGCCCUCAGCAUUAUUGUGGAUGAAUAUAAGGCACUACUGCAGUCUUCAGUUAAGCAACAAGUAGAAGCUAUUGAAAAACAGUAUAUUUCUGCAAUUGAGAAACAAGCACACAAGUGUGAGGAGUUGCUAAAUGCUCAGCAUCAGAGGCUUCUGGAAAUGCUAGAUACAGAGAAGGAACUGUUAAAAGAAAAAAUAAAGGAAGCUUUGAUUCAGCAAUCUCAAGAACAGAAGGAAUUAUUGGAAAAAUGUUUGGAGGAAGAAAGGCAAAGAAAUAAAGAAGCAUUAGUAUCUGCUGCAAAGCUUGAGAAAGAAGCAAUGCAAGAUGCUGUUUUUAAAGCCAUAGAAGAAGAGAGAAAAAAUUUGGAAAAAGCCCAUGCUGAAGAAAGGGAAUUAUGGAAGACGGAACAUGCAAAAGAUCAAGAAAAAGUAUCUCAGGAAAUUCAGAAAGCUAUACAAGAACAAAGAAAAAUAAGUCAGGAAACUGUUAAGGCAGCAAUAAUAGAAGAGCAGAAGCGAAGUGAAAAGGCUGUGGAAGAAGCAGUGAGAAGAACAAGAGAUGAAUUGAUAGAAUAUGUAAAAGAACAGAAAAGGCUUGAUCAAGUCAUCCGCCAAAGAAGCCUGUCCAGUUUGGAACUGUUCCUCUCCUGUGCUCAGAAACAGAUCUCUAGCCAAUUCUAAUGGCUGGCCCAGUAAGUUUAAUCACACCUCUACAACUGAAGAAGUAACUAAAUACAUACGGUAAAUUAUGUUAACAAUUUAGUUUUAAAUUCUUUGUGUCAGCUUUAUGUGUCAGGUUUGGGAUUGCUCAACUUUUAAAUCCAUCUGGGACCUGGUAGUGAAAAGUCCUAAAGAAAAGCUAUUCUAAAGAACCCUCAGAGAAUCAACUUAAUUCUGGUUCCUAUAGAUAUUUGGGGAUGACCAGAAACUACACUGGCAUAAUACUUCAGGCUUUCACCUAGCACGAGUUUAAAUUUAUAUUACCUUAUAAUGUUUUUCUGAGAAUUCUCUAAGGAAAAAUGUGUAUGGUCCAAGGGGAAAAAAUUGCUUUCAAUCAAACUCCCAAUGAUUGAAUACUACAUAUUUAGUGACAGAAAUAAAGAUUUGCCUCAAAACAAUACAUUUUAAUUAGCUUUCCAUGGGAUCUGCCAUAUCUUAAUUUCUUGUUAUUACUCAGAAUUCUUUAUUCAGCUAUAAUUGGCAAAGAAAAGAUAGGUUGCUUUCAAAUAUUAGAUACAUGAUAUUUUCAAGUUGUGAUAAAUUCACAUUGAUUUUGCAGUAAGCUUCAGUUAGAUUUAAAAAAAUGUAUUUAAACUGCAGAAUUUCCCUUCAUAAUCAGCAUCUAAGAUCUAUUUAUAUUUAUGAUUUAGUAGUUUCUUCAUCAGCUUAUUUUUAUAAUUUGUCCCUCUGUAAAAACGCUUAUUGUACUGCUGUGAAUUUCCUUGGAAACCAUUUAAACUAGUGCAGUAGAAUCGCUGGUGGUGUUCUCUCCAGUUCUCUUCUGCUUCUGAACAAAGGAUGGAUGAGUUCUGGGUCCCUGCUCCACUGUGGUUAGAUGGAGCAGGGCUGCUAGUACUGACGGGCUGUGAGCAGAGUGAUGUGGGUGGUGUCCCAGCCCAAACGUUUCAUUACUGCUGCCAGGCCCUCCAGCUUAGAGCUGUCUUUUCCUCCUGGGUGAUGGUGGGGGGGGCUCUCUGUUGAGAUUGUGGUGACACAAGAUCCAAACAGCACCCCCGAGUUACCACAUGAAGGACAGUCCCCUUGGAGGGCCUCCUGUAUUUGCAAAUGGUUUUCAUUGAAUGAAAAAUAAACGCUGUUUGUAUCAAG